ACAUCUACCAAAUGAAAGAGAAAGAAAACAAUACACUAUAGACAUAGACAAGAGUUAGGUCUAUUAAUUUUUCUUCUUUCUUAUUUCCUUUUUUGAGUUUUGAGUUCAAAAAAUGGCAGGUAUGCUUGCUGGUGUUGAAUGUGCUAGAAGAAGAAAGUUUCAUAAAAACAGUGGCUUAUUAGAUUCAUCAUAUAAUACAUCUGGUUUUUCAUCCACAAGGAAGUCUUUUCUUUGUCUCUACACAAGCAGCCACGAACAUAUUCUUAGCUCAAGCUUUUCUAAGGAAAGAAGUGCAACAAGCCAAGAAUAUGAAGAUGAGAAACUAGGAGAAGUUGCUAGAGAAGCCAAGCAAAGGCUAGAUGAGAGGCUUAGUGCCCAAUGGAAAUCACAAGAUAAGAGGGGUGUUAAGGGAUUGAAAAGGCUGGGACAAUGGAGGGGGGUGAUUUGCUGAUACACAAAUGUUUGGAUCAAAGAAGUUGCAGUUGAGGAAAACUGUUUCUAAAGGAUAUGAAAAAUGAAUGUAUCAUUUGCUAGCACUAAUUCACAAUGGCAAUUUUGAUUACUAGAGUGUAUAUAUAUUUUCCCCUUUAGGGGUGCCCAAGAUUUCUAAAUUAUAAAAGUCUAAGCUUUCUUGUACAACAACAACAAGCUCAAUAUAAUUUCACAAAUGAAUUUUGAGGAUCUACGUAUACCCUAAUUUGUGACAGUGGAGAGAAAAGUCUAAGCUUUCUUGUAAUCAAGCAAAUUGACUAGCUUGUGGGUUUUUGAGAAAUGCUUUCUUGUAAUCAAGCUGAUUGACUAGCUAAUGAGCUUUUAAAAUAUGGUCUUUGGAAA